ACGGCCAAAUACGAGGCCCGGCGGGAUGCCCUCAUGGAGCUGUACAUCAACGCCUCCAACUUCAUCGUCCACGAGAGCGAGCUCAAGGCCGAGAUUGACGAAAUCUUCAGCGAAGACUACUUUAGGAAACAGAGCCAGGCCUUCCAGCUGUACGGCACGACGGAGAACGCCUGGGGCGUCUACGGCAGGCCUCCUUCUAUUGCGGAUAUGCUGGAGACCACCACUGGAAAGUCGACCAAGCUCAUGGACUACUACGAGUCAGAGUAUGAUCACUCUGUUAAGCGGCAAAAGAGGAUCGCGGAGGAGUUUACGGGAGGCAAAAUGGAGUAA